AUGGGCGCCUAUCUCUAUGGGCGCCUAUCUCUAUGGGCGCCUAUCUCUAUGGGCGCCUAUCUCUAUGGGCGCAUAUCUCUAUGGGCGCCUAUCUCUAUGGGUGCCUAUCUCUAUGGGCGCCUAUCUCUAUGGGCGCCAAUCUCUAUGGGCGCCUAUCUCUAUGGGCGCCUAUCUCUAGGGGUGCCUAUCUCUAUGGGCGCCUAUCUCUAUGGGCGCCUAUCUCUAGGAGCGCCUAUCUUUAGGGGCGCAUAUCUCUAUGGGUGCCAAUCUUUAAGGGCACCUAUCUCUAUGGGCGCCUAUCUCUAUGGGCGCCUAUCUCUAGGGGCGGCUAUCUCUAUGGGCGUCUAUCUCAAGGGGCGCCUAUCUCUAGGGAUGCCUAUCUCUAUGGGCGCCUAUCUCUAUGGGCGCCUAUCUCUAUGGGCGCCUAUCUCUAUGGGCACCUCUCUUUAG